UGAGCAAAUUUUUGACGUUUACCAAGGGCAGUGCUGCCAAAUUUUCUUUCAAAAUAGCUUUCAGUUCAGUGUCUCUUUUUUCAUCGCAUCCUUCACACACGCACACUUUCACACUACUCUCUUCCCUCAAUAUCCGUAAGAAGUUGCGACCUCGCGAGUCAAAACCAAACGAGGGCACGUCCAUUGCCUACGUUACGCGUUCCCCAAACAGAGUUGGCCCCCAAAUGCCCAUCGGUGUGUUUUCUGUUCCCUUUUCGUUGGUUGCAGGGCCGGGGGGAGGAGGCGGACAGUAUGAGCACCAUCUGUCCCGGAGCAUUCUCACGUCGGCGGGUCUGGUCGUGGCGGCAUCCCCGGACGGUCCCACCGGGGGUGGGCACGGCGUCGACGGGGGCCUGGGCGGUUCCCACCACGGGCACUACCCGUUGCACCACCAGAUGUCGUACCACAACAUGUUUACGCCGUCGCGCGAGCCCGGCACGGCCUGGCGGUGCCGCUCCUGCGGCAAGGAGGUCACCAACCGAUGGCACCACUUCCACUCGCACACCCCGCAGCGCUCCGUAUGUCCGUACUGUCCGGCGUCCUACAGCCGGAUCGACACGCUCCGGUCGCACCUGCGGAUAAAGCACGCGGACCGGCUGAACGCGCCCAAGUUCGGGACGCCCACGAACUGCAAGAUGCAAAUGUAAACAAACGCGCGCGGAACUAGCAGCACGGAUUACUACAGGGAACAAGGCACAAACGACGACCACCACGCAACCAUCCGCAGCGCCGCCGCAGCGCCGCCGCACGGCCAUUGCAAGAACCACACAGUUUGCAACACUACUACUACUACUAUCAAUCAACAGAGAGGAGGAAACACUCCAGAGCACAGUUCCGUUUGACGUUUACCCGCCAGACAACAAAACAACAACAACCGCAAACCGAAUCUUUAAAAAAUGUCAAACAUGAAGCCCAGCUUAGAGCGCGAUGCCAUAAAGAAAUCAUUGUUUUUCAAGUCAAGUUCCUAAUUAAGGCUCUUAGUUAUUAAACUAAUCGAAUAUUUUAGCAAACCAACACACGCAAACACAAACAAACACACCACAUACUCACAGACACACACACACUCGCCUUUGUUUUGAAAAAGCGUCAAAAUAUCAUCAACGCGAUCCUCCCAAAUAAUUGGUAAAUGUUUGUUUACGUGUUACCAACCUACUCUUACCAUACACAUUCAUAGAGCUGUGAGCGCGGUAAGUCAUAUUGUGUGUAAACAAAACUUCUCCCUUCUCCCCUUUUCAAAACAACAACAACAACCCAGUAAACGUUGACGUUUUGACAGCGCAGUGUUUUGCUGGUUAGGUUAGGAUUUUAGUUAAGAGAGAAGAAAUUUUUCACAAACCAUUUCCACACCCUCACACAUAAACAAAACAAAAACAACUCAGCUUCAUGCAGAAAACAAAGAUGAAUGGGUUUUCGCAAUGAACUUUCCGUUUUAAUCAUGAAUAAUUAAGCUGGAGAGUUCGAAAGUGGAGUGAAUUUCCCAAAACAAAAAAAAACAACAAGAAAAACAAUAAAACAUUUCGAGAGAGAAAGAGCGCAAUGCAUUAUAAAAUGGUGGUCCAACAGAGAGUAGCGACAAUCCUGCCGCAUCGAUAACACACAGAAAAAAGUGACAUUAAUCACGAAAUCAGGAUAAAUGCAAAUGAAGAGCGGGCGAACGGGCGCGCCCACUGUCAAUAAAUUAAAAUAAUAUUGUAAAAAUUAUCCCUUUCCACAGGGACGCCGGCCUUCGGCCGGAAAUGCCGCGGCUAGUUGAAAAAUCGCGAAUUUUAACUGGCGCUUGAGUAUUUUGGGGUUAUGUAAAUUUAAACUGUCAACUUCUUUGUUUUAACUGAUUUGAGUACUGAGCCAAGCAUAAACUUAACUUCCAAGCAAAUUAACUUUAAAAUAAACCUAUUUUCAACUUUAACUACAAACAAGUGACAUUUGACAGCUAGAACUACCCAGCUCGGGAGAGAGUGAGUAGUUCCACUUUUCCCCGCGCUGGCAGCCGUCACCCGCACGUGUAGUGAACGAGAAAAUGGGUAAAAUUUAAGCCGAAAGCAACCCAAAUUAACCAAUUAUUUCAUUUUGAUUCCAUAAACGUCAAAAGGGGCCCCCCCAAAUUACCCAUCACAAUGACGGAAUGAUGAAUUCAAUAUGCUCAUUUCCCCUCACUCUGACAUCGGCAUUCGGACAUCAUUUUCGGUGGAAGGGUUAAUUAUCAGCCAAUAAUUCUUUUUUUGACGGUCAAGUGGACACAUCGGAAAUAAGCCCGACCAACCGGAGCGUUGGAGGAAUUAAAAACCUGCCGCCGCGGCCACCGCCGGUGGCCAUCAUUAUCAUUAUGCCAUCUGACAGACUGGACUGACGGAUGGCGGCGCGCGGUUCCAUAGUUGAUGUGGUCACGUUCUGGUUGGGUUUUUUUUCGGUUCGAAUUUUUUACGUUUGCGUUUUUUUUUCGGUGUGACUCAACGCAACCUGUCGUGAUGUUUAUUUAAACGGUAAUAAUGAGAUUUUGCGCAGCCGAUUUCGUGUCAAAUUAAGCGAAUUAAAUGAUCUCCCCCAUGGUUGGGCUACCCGUCUGGGUGGGCACUUGUGUGUGGAGGAGGUUGCGUCGAUUGGAUAUCAAUUGAAGGUCGGUGUAGAAAUUCUGGUUUUGAUACUCACAUUUGAUUCCGGCAGCUUGAAUAUUGUCAAACCUGAAGCUGUAGCGACGUCUGACGGUUUGAUGAUGUUGCUUUGUUUACGAUGACACACCUUCACUUGAAGACUGUUGUCCACGUUGCUCUAGCGAUAUUUUACGAUUUGAUGAAGUUGCUUUGUUUACAAUGAUACACUUUCAUUUGCAGAAUGUUGUACACGAUGCUAGAGCGAUGUUUACGAUGGUACACCUUCACUUGAAGACUAUUGUAAACAUUGCUUUAGCGAUGUUUUACGAUUUGAUGAAGUUGCUUUGUUCACGAUGAUACACUUUCACUUGAAGAAUGUUGUACACGUUGCUUUAGCGAUGUUUACGAUGAUACACCUUCACUUGAAAACUGUUGUACACGUUGCUUUAGCGAUGUUUACGAUGAUACACUUUCAAUUGAAGACUAUUGUACACGUUGCUUUAGAGAUGUUUACGAUGAUACACCUUUACUUGAAGACUAUUGUACACAUUGCUUUAGCGAUGUUUUACGAUUUGAUGAAGUUGCUUUGUUUACGAUGAUACACCUUCACUUGAAGACUAUUGUACACGUUGCCUUAGCGAUGUUUUACGAUUUGAUGAAGUUUCUUUGUUUACGAUGAUACACUUUCACUUGAAGAAUGUUGUACACGUUGCUUUAGCGAUGUUUACGAUGAUACACUUUCACUUGAAGAAUGUUGUACACGUUGCUUUAGCGAUGUUUACGAUGAUACACUUUCACUUGAAGAAUGUUGUACACGUUGCUUUAGCGAUGUUUUACGAUUUGAUGAAGUUGCUUUGUUUACGAUGAUACACUUUCACUUGAAGACUAUUGUACACGUUGCCUUAGCGAUGUUUUACGAUUUGAUGAAGUUGCUUUGUUUACGAUGAUACACUUUCACUUGAAGAAUGUUGUACACGUUGCUUUAGCGAUGUUUACGAUGAUACACCUUCACUUGAAGACUGUUGUACACGUUGCUUUAGCGAUGUUUUACGAUUUGAUGAAGUUGCUUUGUUUACGAUGAUACACUUUCACUUGAAGAAUGUUGUACACGUUGCUUUAGCGAUGUUUUACGAUUUGAUGAAGUUUCUUUGUUUACGAUGAUACACUUUCACUUGAAGAAUGUUGUACACGUUGCUUUAGCGAUGUUUACGAUGAUACACUUUCACUUGAAGACUGUUGUACACGUUGUUGUAGCGAUUUCGAAGAAGUUCCAUUGUUGAGGAGUCCUGGAUGAUCCUGAAAAAAAAAACAUAAAAAGAAUGAAAUUAUUGAACGAAAAUGAACUGUUUUUUAAUGUAUUGGCGCUCUCUUUCAGCAAUAAACUCUCUUAAAACGUAUUUCAGACAAACAUUCAAAACUCACUCACACACCCUCACUCUCACAUCCCACAAGCUGUGACAAAUUUCUUCCACAAGUGCCAUAUGCAUAAGUGUAUACCAGAGCAAACCGCAAAACUGUUGUGCGCAAAUAACUUUUCCUCCUCCUUCUCUUCUCUCACUCUUUCUCUCUGUUUGUCUCACCCAUACACCGGCGCCACCGGCGCUCGUGUGCGUGAGCUAGUAGAUAAGUCGAUUUUCGCAACAACAACAAAAACACAUACACACAGAAACGAAACUGACACUCGCGAGCCGCGAAAGUCGGCUGCACUCAAAAAACUUUCAUUUUAGGUUUAUAUUUUUGUCAAAAUUUUAAGAACGAGCGUAAGCUGAUAUAGCAAGACACCAAUGAUCUCCAAGAAUACUACUUUUACAUACGUUUUUAAAAAACAAAAUCGUUUUCGAUGCAAAACUAAAGCCACGAGAAAAUUCCUGUAACGCGUUACCUAUAUUCUAAGGACACCCCCCCUCCUCCCUUCUAAACCGUGUAUAGAGAGAAAGAAGAAUAACACAACACAACUACAGAGAGAUAAUAACAAAAACAACAAGCCGGCAAGCUGUCAAAAGUUUCUAUUCGUUUGUAAGCGACACACUCACACAUAGAUACGCGCAAGCAUCACACCAACACAGACUGCUGCACGGAGGAGCAGCAUUUGCGGAGCGUGCUAGUAUUAGUCAGAUUACACACACACACCUACACAACUCACACCAACCUCAAGAAGCGACCAUUUUGUACGUCAUAGAGAGUAAGUUCUUCCUAUAUUGUUUUUGUUCGUUUUACAUUUAAUCUACUUUUGUCGACAGCCUUUGUUUGACAGAGAGCAGAAACCAACUCAAAUGACACGCGACGAACGUAUACACAAACAACAACAACAACAAAGCAAGCUUUUAAACAAUAAGUAAAUCCUACAAACAGAACGGGUGCGUAAUUGUAAGGCUUUUUUUUACUAUAAACGUAGAUUUUUAAAACAAUCCUUUUUUAUAGCGAUUAAGUUCCCACACACACAGACAAGUACACAACAACCACAAUUGCAAUUUAUUCCAAGAUAGUCAGUGCGCGCUAAGGAUAGUAUUUGUAAAUAUUUGUUUGAUUUUAGAACAUUCACACACAUACACACAUGUACACGCAACAAUCAAAAUAUUUCUACUCACUUUUAGUAUUCUUUUGUUUUCUUAUUUUGUUUCUGUCAUUUCAAAUACCCAAUAAAGAGUCACGCAAGCGUCGAAAAUAGAGGCAGCGUUUUGUUUUGUUUUCCCUUUUCCAUCCUUUGUUUACGUCAACUGACAGGAACUUUCUCGCAAAAUGGCGUCCGAAGGUCGCCAAAAAACCACAACAAAAUCGAGCUUAUAGAUAAUUUAGCGCCAGAAACAACUGGACUGGAAUCGAUCGACUGUCACACGUGCGUUUUGACACCCGUCCAGCUCCCCCUUUCCCACACAUUCCCGCAACCCCCUUCGUCCUUUUCUCCCUCGAAACACACGUGUAAAUUUGUGGACAGAGACCUAGCGCUCUCUGGCACCGCACCCAUGAACUGGUAUCAUCAAAGCUCUGUGAAAAUUCUAGGAAAAAAAAAGUUUGAAGCUCUCUCUUUCCCUCGCACGGACCUUGCGAUUUUUAUAGCACCUUUGCCAUAAAACAACAGUUUUCGUCCCCCGAAACGUCAAACGUCCAUCAAAACAAACGCACGUAAUCUGAAAUUUCGGUUGCUAUAAAAAGUUGCUAUAAAACGAGCAGGAGGCUGUGCGCUGCGAGCGAGAGAAUGCGAUUAGCGACCGCCUUAAGAAAAACAAAUCGUUACGGGGUUGUAUCCACUCGAUGAAAAUACGUAUUCCCGGGAACCGAUGACAGCUGUCAAAUUGGCUUGCGGGGCACGCUCGCCCGGGUGGGUACUCAAAGUUGACGUUUCCCAGCUGGACGUUGGUUUCCGCUCGACUUUGAUAUAAAUAAAGUAAACCAGUAGCCAAUCAGUUGAAUUUAAUCAGUUUUAUUUUGUUUUCGUAAGGUUUUUCCGUUCCAUCAGAGUGUACAAAGUGGAAUUCAGAAAAACACAAUUUAUAAAAAGCUCUUGAAAGCGAAGAUCUAAAAUUUGGAGACUAGGAUCAAAACUAAUUCGAGCGAAAAACCUCUCUAACUGUAGAAAUUUGAGGGAAUUUAAUCAAAGAUGAAGGGUGCAACCCUUGCUGUAAAGAAACACACAGACUAUUAGAACUUUUUAUCAAAAUAUGCGUAGGAAUCAAGUAUGAAAUUGAACAAAAAGCACACACACAAGUUAUCUUCUUUCCUUCAGAAUUUUUGCUCUUGUUAGAAUUUAAACGAUAACCCAAGACACAGGUCAGCAGUAAAGAAAAAUUUGCAAAUAUAAAAAUAAAACGAAAAAUACAUAUUUUUAUCGAAACCACAACAAAAAAAAAACAACAAACUCUAUAUCAAAAAAUCAACUUUCCUCUUUUUCAUAUUAACUAUAUUUAACUUCUAUCACUUUACGAAGUAUAAAUCAAACGAAGCAGAAGCAUAGUAGCAGGAAAUUAGUGAACAUAACCUGUAAAAAGUAUGAAAUUUCCUUCUAUUCCUUCCAGAAGAGAGAAAACGACGAAGAAGAUUCACAGACUCUGGAUCAAGACUUGAAAAAAAAAACUAAACCAACAACAAACUAUUAGCUGAAAAAACACGCGUUCAACUUGUUCAACUUUCAAAGCUUACGAAAAACUCACCCAUUCUCAUUGACAGUGUUUGUUUUCACCCACACACUAACACACAGACGGCGCAACCGGCUAAUUCCAAACUAUAAAUUUGCAGUUUCGUGUGUUUAUUAAACCAUAAAAUGCACGACAUGAUUACACGUUUUGGUGUACUAAGGAAAGAAAGUAAAAGAAAGUAAAAAACAUUUAUGUGAUAUUUUUUUAUCGAUAAGAUGUACCUUAAAUUUCGCAAACCACACUGUAAAGAAAGAUUGCACAGAUACACUAUAAAAUUACACACUCGAAGGUUUAUACAAGGGAAGGACUCUGCAAGGAGAGUGCCGGCUGCCUCCACCUUAAGGGUGCGCAGCCGGAUGAAAGUCGAAUUUAAAAAUAACAGAAAAGUUACUUGUAAAAUAGUUUUUCUAACCUAGUACCCAAAAUUUCUUUCUUGAAAAAAAAGUAAACAGAAGCCAAUAUCAGAAAAAAUUAAACCAAAAAGAAAGGAGCCAUAUUGUUAGCCUCACACAGACAUACAAAACAUGAAACCACCACCACCCUAACAUGAUGUGCAUCACACCACAUACAAACCCAACAAAAAAAAUUAGAUGGCGACCACCUUUCCCAAACUACUACUAAUAAUACUAAAAAAAACCCGCGCCGAACGCCGAAAUGUAAACAAACACACACACUCACACAAGAACGCUAGAACAAGUCUACUGAACAGAGAAAAGUGAAGAAAACAGAAAUAACACAUCCGUAUACAUUGAACGCAAAUGGAAAAAGAACAACCAAUAUGAAAAACCCUAUUUUUGAAAUUUACAAUAGAAAUCAAUAAUAAACAGAUUUUAAAAUAA